GCGCUGAAUCAGAGUGACAGUGCACGAUUGAACGUUCAGACCUUUCAUAAGAACAGAAUAAUCUAGCGUGUUGGCUUGCGAAAUAUUUCAGUAUAAAACCUCUCAGUAGUUUGGACAGAGAGCACAACACAUUUUUUGAUUGUUGAAAAUACAUCAAAAUGUCAUUCACAGUGAAAGCGUACCUAUACCUCGGCAAGACGGGUCAUUCGGAUACCGAGAUCCGCAGAUUUUCGUGGGAGACCAACGGCACCUUCAGCGUCCUUCAAGGAAAGGUCGCGCAGGUUUUCCCGACUCUGGAGCAAUCGAACGCCAAGUUCACCUUAUUUUGGAAAGAUGCCGAAGGAGAUCACAUCGCCUUCUCCAGUGAUGAAGAGUUAAAAGAAGCCCUGAGGAAUGCCGAGAAUAACAUCUUCAAGAUCUACAUCGCCGCGGGCAAGGGCACUCAGCCAUCGUCAACCUCGGGCAAGAAAGGUGAUGGCAACGCCACCAGCGAGGAGACUAAAGAGGAGACCGAUGACGGUCCUCACCAUCCCCACAUCGUCUGCGACGGAUGCGAGGGCUCCGUCAGGGGAGUCCGCUUCAAAUGCAAAGUCUGCCCGGACUACGACUUGUGCAGGAAGUGCAAACGCCAAGGAAAACAUCCCGAACAUCCGAUGACAGCUAUCAGAAAACCCAUGCCGCAUCCCUGGGCUGGCGUCUUCGUCAACGGGCGCCACUUCGGCGGCCCGUGCAGUGGUGGAUCACCCCAUUUUGGUCCCCCGCCGCCGUUCUGCCCUCCUCCGCCAUGCGGUCCCGAGGGCGCAGGCGGGCCAGGCUGCCAUGGGCCACAGAUGCCCGGCUUCACCGGCACUCCACCAAAUUUCAAUGGACCAUGGGGCCGUUUCUUUCGGAGACAGAUGAGGAAGUUCUGGCGGGAGCAAGGUAAACAACAGGAAAAGGGAGCAGACGGUAAAACAGCAGACGAGAAGGAACCGAAUGAGGAAGAGGAGGAAGACGACGUGGAAUGUUCUCCCGAAGAAUAUCUUCAAAAUGUCGGCGAGCAAGUUGCGGCCAUGCUGGACCCACUUGGUAUUGACGUGCAAGUUGAUGUUGAACACGCCACGGCCAAGCCCCAGACCUGCGGGAAAGGCGGAAAGUGUGGUCGCGGCAACCCCAUGGAUGCAGGGCAGGGGGGCUCCAGCCACAGCAACAGCGAUGAGAAUGAAUGGACCCUUGUCACACCGGAUGCGUCUGCUCCCCAAGAGGAGGAUGAGGACGAGGAGCCGUCUCACAAUGGCAUUCCCCUUCUCGAACCCAAGAUCGCCCACGCCCUGAAUCAGAUGAAGGCCAUGGGCUUCUCCGACGACGGUGGCUGGCUGAGUCGCCUGUUGAUCGCCAAGGACGGCGACAUCGGACAAGUCCUUGAUGCCCUGAAGCCCUCACUCAACGCCCAGAACAUGAUGGGCGAUCACGUGGCUUAGGAUGAGGAUCGACCCCUGGCGGAGGCACUCGGAACUAUAGAUGUCCGUUCCCUUCAGACAGCUUUAGACUGUGAAAACUCGCAGAGACGGGGACUUGAUCUUGAGAGCAAAAUACUUCGGAUUAUAUCAACUCGACUACAUCAUUGUUUGAUUAACCUUGACUUUUUGUGAUAGACGUUUUUAUGAUAUGAAUGUGAAACAGCAUUAAUAAUACUUUACAUUAGAAUCCCCCGAUUUAAAGGGGGACUAUAGGCAGGAGCAAGGGGGUCAGAGAGAGAGGCUAAUAUGCACAGUAAGAGGACAGGGCCGUGCUGAUUCAGCAUACUUAUAGUCCUCCUACAAGCGUGAAUAUAAGUUUGAUGUACUACCAGAUGGGUGAGACCCCUAUUGGGGACUUUGUGUAACUUAAAAUAGCCUACAUAGCUCCUGCUAUAGAUACCCUUUAACGGGCCGUUCUGAACACAUGCACCAUAUAUCCCACUUUCUCUCGAUGAAUAUGCUAUACAUGUAUAAGCCAAUUGUUUUUCUAUGUUUUUUUUUAAAAUUCUGUUCUUACCGAACGACGAACCUCACAAUAUUUUCUCUCAAAUUAAGAUGUUUUCGAUAAUGUUGCCAUGGUAACUAAACAAAACUUGUGUUUAUAUCUUCGAGUGAUUAAUAAGUAUAUCAUUAUGUCCGAGUGCCUCCAUGUACAAUAGUUCGUGACUUAAUUACAAAAUGACAUACAUGUAUAACUAAUUAAAAUAGCACUACUUUUAUUUACAAGAUAAUGGUUUGGAAUAUCCGAAUAUGGAACACUGGGAUUAUGUGGUGAUAAUUAUCAAAAUUGUCUGUAACACUGUGAAUAACAGCCUAUUAGACUUAUGUGUGCAAAAGUGCAUGUAUUUCCUUGAGAGUGGUAAAUGAAUAAAAUAAUAUUAUUUAA